AUGGUUCUAUCUACUUCAAGAGUCAGUUGGUACCCCCACGUCACACGCAGGAACACCCAGGGCCCAGCUGUCGUCAACGUUGACCGAUUCAGAGGGAUCGGAGGCUGCCGUGCGCUAGUCAGUUAUUGCAAACCCGGUGAACAGCAUGAACGGCAUUCUGAUAUUAUUCAGCUGGAUGGGGAACGGUCUUCGGCAUCCCGAAUCCCUCCCCUAGUGGGCUUGGCGAUAUCCGAUGCGUCUGCCACGACCUGUAUUUUCGACAAUAAUCCUCCAGAGCUGUGGUCAUCGACUGUGAUUCUCGGCACAGAGAUCAUCAACUUGGCAUCAGACCAUGCAAGGAUCAAGCUUGUGAUGUUGACACUUGACAGAACUUUCCCCGGAAUUCCAAGAUUCCCGAGGGUUCGCCUCACGAUCCACAAAGACUCAGUCGCAGCAAGGUCCACUGAUCAACAUAACGAACACCUCUCCUUCAUGAUUCUACAGAGUUCUCUGAGCGAUGAGAGGAGACCAAUGAUCCUCCCAAUCCAAGAGUCAUCAGAAGUUUCCACCCCUGAUGCAAAUUGUCCUUUUGCCACCUCUCCUCUUAAAUAGCUACUACAAUCUAGCUGUUCCAUGCGGAUCUACCGCAUCCGUGACUCCCAUGGCCCCAUCACAUUUUAUGAUCUCCAAAUAAGACCUCAUAGUGCCAAUAGUUCCUCCGGAUUCUCCUCCUAUUACUCAGCUCAGACUAUGCCCGGGGCGUACAUACCCCCACCCAAAAAAAGCAUAGUGGAUACAACAAGAUUUCCCAAGGCGAUGAUGGAUUAUUGAAUAUCGUCUUCAUUCCCCGCCAAUCAAGGAGGCUGGCCGCUGAACCCCCCUCACCCUGACACUGAACAACAAUUGCUUUUGAUGUAACCAGCUCCAUUGCUCAAUUUUAUAUUAUUCUUCAUUUUCUGAGGAAUAUCAAGUUAUCAUUGCC